UUUAUUUUUCAGGUUUUGGAGCCAGCUGAAAAUCAAGUUGUGGUCCAAGAUGUCAAUAUUUCGGAGCAAGCCGAAAUUCAAGUUGUGGUCCAAGAUGUCAAUGUUUUAGAGCCAGCUGGAAAUGCAGUUGAAGUCCAAGACACAACGAGGAAUGAUAGCCAAAGUGAUUUAAUGGUGUGGAGGGCCUUGAGGCAACAGCAAGAUGCGGAAUACAACACCUCUUUAGAAAUUGAUAGAGCAAGAGAUGUGAGAAGGAGGGAGAUUGAGGAAUGUGAAAGGGGACGGAGAAAAGCAAUAGAGGAUCGCAGGAUCCACUUAUCCACUAUAGUUGAGCCAACUGAUGGGUUUAUUAUGCAGUUUAAAUAUCCAGAUGGCAAAAUCCUGAAGAGGAGGUUUACUGCCUCCCAGCCAUUUCAGGACCUGGCUGCAUUUGCUGGUGUUGAUGACAUGGCAAGUCAGGUGUUUUCUGUGCAGUUACCAAUGUCACCAACUCCAUUGUAUAGUUAUCUCGGAGGUACCCUAAGAGAUCAUGGAAUAGAUGCCCCUUCCACUCUUUAUGUGUUGUGGUUAUCUUCUGAUGAGAUCAAGGGAAUUCUGAAAGAAACUAACAACUCUGUAUCUGUUUUGCCACCUGCCGUGUCUCCACCACCUGCCGUGUCUCCACCACCCGCCAUAUCUCCCCCACCCCUCGUCAUGUCUUCCACACAAUCCGCAAUAUCCUCCCUACAGCCCAUCAUGUCUUCCACACAACCCGCAAUAUCCUCCCUACAGCCCAUCAUGUCUUCCACACAACCCGCAAUAUCCUCCCUACAGCCCAUCAUGUCUUCCACACAACCCGCAAUAUCCUCCCUACAGCCCAUCAUGUCUUCCACACAACCCGCAAUAUCCUCAAUACAGCCCAUCAUGUCUUCCACACAACCCGCAAUAUCGCCCCUGCGGCCCAUCAUGCCUUCCCCACAACCUGCAAUACCCCCCCACAGCCCACCUUGCCUCCCCCCACACACGCCACACCCACUCGCAAUGUCCUUGCCACAACCAGCAAUAUCCCCCCAACGCCCUGACAUAUCCUCCCCACAUCCUGCUAGGUCUCCAUCACUUUCACCCGUAUAUACCCUGUCACCAGCUACAUCUGAAGAACAUUUGGACAUUGGUGACCUAAUGCGUCGACUACAAUCAACAGUGAGGCAGAGGGCUCUUAGUGCCAAUCAAAUUAAUGUGCUUCGUCGGGAGGAAUUUGAUUGUGCACUGAGAGCUUUUCGUCGGUCCACUUUUGAUCCACAGUCCAGGCUGGAUGUGGUGUUUGUGGAUGAGAGUGGAGUGGGCGAAGGGGCAGUUGAUGAGGGUGGGCCCACAAGAGAGUUUUGUCGACUCCUCAUGGGCCAGAUCCAGCAGCAUCAUAUUUUUGAAGGGCCUUUGGACUCGCGGGCUUUGGCUUUAGAUAGUGUUGCCUUGCACAAUGGGAUAUACAGACUUGCAGGCCAAAUGGUUGCUGUUUGUCUAAUUCAAGGAGGGGUUUCACCGCACUUUUUUUCGGACCGGCUUUUUAGGCAGGUUUGUUGCCUUGUUCCUCUCGUGCCAUCCAUAAAAGAGGUGGCAGACAAAGAGCUACAGGCAAAAUUGCACAAGAUAGCAACUGCUGGUACAGUACAGGAGGCCCGAGAGGCAGUAAAUCAAGCAUCAGAUUAA